AUGGUGAUUUCAGGUGAAGAGAAAGUGGAAGAAUCAAAAAAAUGGAAGGCCAUGGAACCCAAAAAAUCGAACCCUCUGCAUAAUUUCACGACGCCGUCUCUGGAUUGGAACUGUCGAAAGGUAAUGGUACCUAUCAAACUGAACUCAGACGGUGCAAUGACUCGUGUCUACCGCAAGCACUCACCUUUUGAGUCACUCGACAAGGGUUUUGUGAUCAGGCGGCGGCGGAGCGAGGCCGAACCGGUUAACCUUCCGUCGGGUCCGGCGACUUUUAAGAGUUCGGACAGAGUCGGUGGAGGGACCAGGUCGCCGGAAUUGGGAGGUAUUGCCACCACCGCGACGGCCACUCGGAAGGGCAAUAAGGAACAGAGCAAAAAAAUAUCGGUUGCUCUUUCUUGGAAAGAGAUUCAAGAAGAUUUUAAGGAGAUGGGGGAGAAGUUGCAUCGGAGGCCGAAGAAGCGGUCUAAAAUCGUUCAGAACCAAUUGGAUUCGCUUUUCCCAGGCUUGUGGUUGACGCAGAUUACAGCUGACCGUUACAAAGUUCCUGAUGAUCCUCAGGCUCGAAAAUUUGAUUUUGGCAAUAUGUUUAUAUUUGCUCAGUAUUGCGAGCCUUCCUCAUUGAAACACAUCUUAUCUUCUAACAUUGUAGAUAUUGCGAAUUUGAAAUAA